AUGGAUAUAGACUUGGCCUUGAGAAUGCCCAAACCUGAUGAACUCAAUGAGCAAAGUACUCAAGAGGAUGAGGUUUAUUGGGGUAAGUGGGAACGUUCAAAUAGGCUAAGUCUUAUGAUCAUGAAGCGCGGCAUUCCAGAAGCUUUCAGGGGUGCGGUAACCGAUGAGGUUACUAAUGCCAGUGACUUCCUUGCGGAAAUUCAGAAACGUUUUGCCAAAAACGAUAAGGCUGAAACGAGCACGCUUUUAGCAAGCUUGAUUUCAAUGAAGUAUAAAGGCAAGGGUAAUGUUCGGGAGUACAUCAUGGAGAUGUCUCAUCUUGCUUCAAAACUUAAGGCUUUGAAACUCGAGUUAUCUGAUGAUUUACUCGUGCAUUUGGUUCUCAUCUCUCUUCCUGCACAAUUUAAUCAAUUCAAGGUCAGUUAUAACUGUCAAAAGGAUAAAUGGACUCUUAAUGAGCUCAUUUCAUUCUGUGUGCAAGAGGAAGAGAGAUUGAAGCAAGACAAGACCGAAAGUGCUCAUCUGGCUAGCACUUCUAAGGAUAAGGGCAAACGAAAAAAUAAGGAUAAUAAGGUUGCUGCUUCUAAUGGUCCAGAACAAAAGAAAUAG